CUGUAUAAAACAUUUAUUCCAUGUAACGGACAACUCUGGCACGAUAAUUGUGCCUGAAAGUAAUAUGAUAUUAUAAUGUCGAGUUUUGGUAGAAGUACUGAAAUUUUAUAGUAAAACAUGAUUUUAAAGGGUAGAUUAGAAGAUCAAUCAAUGAACACAUCUGCGAUUGGAACCAUGAACGUGCGCUUAGUAAGAAAACGUGGAUGUGAUAACGAAAAAUAAAUUUUGGGCGGGACGAAGUUUGCCGGGCAGCUAGUAUAGAAUAAAAUCGAAAAUAUGUAAGUCUGCCUAUAAAAAAUGAUGCCUUUGUUUUUCCAAAAAUCGAAACGUACUUUCCGGACAACCCAAUAUGAACUAUCCUUAUUUCUUCCUGAUUUUUUUUUCAAAUUAUAGUUGGUUAUGCAGUGGAUCAGCAUAGAUAAUCAAUUGCCGGUGCCAGUAGUGUAAGCAUAACUGUUAUACCUUACCGUUGAAAACAAGACAGGGGGAGAUUACGGUGGUCGAUGAGUUUGGUCAUGCAUUACGCCAGUCCCAUUGCUGGUCAAUCGCUGCGAGUCGUUUUCGAUUUAGCUUUUUCCUCAGACAAUCAGGUCGUCGCCUUUAGGAUGUGCAAGGUUCGGAAAUAUUUGAUGGUAUUCAGUUUCGUUUGAAUGUAUCUGCAUUCACAUGGUUUGUCACUAUCACACGAAUGCGACUCCCUGACAUCACUGCGUUUGAUAAACUUGACAGAUAUUCGGAAAAUUGUUCUUUAACCCUUUGCGGUCGGAAUUAAUUUCCCUUUAAAGAAAUCCCUUUAUCUUUCCACGCUAAUAAUAUUUGGUUUAUACCAAGUACCGUUACCUAUUACUCAGAGAAACUCGGUAUAGAUUCGUGAAAAAGGUCACUAGACAUUAAAUUUCGAUAAAAUGUAAACUAUUACAUCGUUGAAUAAAGUAUUUAACAUGAUUCCUUGGCGGCUGAGAGCAGACGAACGACCGCAAAGGGUUAAAUUCUUUUUUGGUGAAAUGAAACGGAUCAAACUUCCAAAUGAAUAUCUGCGAGAGUUCUGCACUGCACUUUGACGAUAACAAUAACUAGAGCCCAUUAGAUAAAAUUCAAUGGUCAAUGAGAUUUUGUGUUUUUCAAAAUUAAAUAAAACGACAGCAGAAAUGAACAAAAUAGAAAAAUCGAUGUUCGACCAUUCGUUGCAUGAUUUUUUCUUUAUUGGUGAAAUAAAUGACGAUCAACUUAAAAUGAACUUGCUCUUUUAUAAAAGGUGUAUUUCAUUUCUUGGUUUGCAAUAUACCAACCCCUGUGCUUAAAGACUGCACGAAAUAUUGUAAUCUUGGUUUCUUUUUAAUUGGCAGCUCAUAUGAUUCAAUACGAAAUCCAUGAAUGACCCCCGAAAUUCCAAAUUCAUAGAAAUAUUAAUAUUAUACCAAAUACCAAUAGCAUUGCUAACACAACCUAUGUCAUGUUUAUGUGCUAUUGAUGCAAACAUAUUUGAUCGUCUGAAAGAUAACUACAAUCAGUGAACGCAUAAGUGCAAGGUAAUUCAGCGCACAGAGCGCACGCAUGUUUGACUCACCGACUAAGAAGAUCAUCGUGUCUCAGUCACAUAAAAGAAUUUGUGAACAACAGUUGUGUCUCACAUUACGUACGAACGUCAUCUUUGUCAUCUCAGUGGUAUUAAUUAUUUUUAGACUCAACGAUAAGUGCACAUCUUUCACAAAUCGGUAAAAAGAAAAGAUAAAAUAAAUAAUGCUAUGGAAAUAUUCAAAUGGCAAUGGUCAUUAGGCAGUAUUAUUUGCAUUGUUUAUCUUAUCUGUGGUCAAACUGUUGUAGAUAAAAGACAGAGAACGUUCACCAUCGACUAUGAUAACAACACGUUUUUACUUGAUGGCGAACCGUUUCAAUAUAUCGCAGGAUCGUUCCAUUACUUUCGAGCUGUGCCGCAAUCAUGGAGUCGAAUAUUGAAAUCGAUGCGAGCUGCUGGCUUGAAUGCAGUCACAACCUAUGUAGAAUGGUCGCUACACAAUCCAAAGGAAGACGUUUAUAGUUGGGAGGGAAUUGCCGAUAUAGAGCAUUUCAUCCAAUUAGCACAGAGCGAAGAUUUAUUCGUUAUCCUAAGACCAGGCCCAUACAUUUGCGCUGAGCGCGAUAUGGGUGGUUUCCCUUAUUGGCUGCUUCAUAAAUAUCCAGCAAUUCAACUGAGAACUAGCGAUAUAGCUUAUCUACAUGAAGUACGAACUUGGUAUGCUGAACUUUUUUCGCGAUUGGAAAGGUAUUUCUAUGGAAACGGAGGGCCCAUUAUAAUGGUGCAAGUAGAAAACGAAUACGGAUCAUUCUUUGCUUGUGAUCAUAAGUACAUGACUUGGUUACGUGAUGAAACGGAGAGAUAUGUCAGAGGACAGGCAGUUCUGUUCACAAAUAAUGGUCCCGGAUUAGCGGAAUGCGGAGGCGUGGAUGGUGUGCUGAAUACACUGGAUUUCGGUCCUGGAACAACCGAGGAAAUAAAUGACUACUGGAAUGAACUCCGGAAACACCAGCCGAGAGGACCGUUAGUCAAUGCCGAGUACUAUCCGGGAUGGUUAACACACUGGCAAGAACCAACGAUGUCACGCGUAGCGAUUGCACCCGUUACCGCUACACUGAGAGAGAUGCUGAGUGCCAAAGUUAACAUCAACAUAUAUAUGUUUUAUGGAGGAACGAACUUUGGUUUUACUGCUGGAGCUAAUGAGCAGGGGGCAGGUCACUUUGUACCAGACAUAACUUCAUACGACUAUGAUGCUCCUAUUGACGAAUCAGGAGAUCCGACUCCGAAGUACUAUGCCAUUCGCCAAGUCAUUUCAAUGUUCUUUCCUAUCCCCAACGUUCCCGUUCCAAUACCACUGCAAAAAAUGUCCCUACCAUCAGUUUUGCUAACUCCCAUUGGUAGUGCAUUAAAUAGAGGUAUCCUACGCGUAAUAGGAUCGCCCAAAGUAACGAGUAUUUAUCCUCUCACAUUUGAGGCAUUAAAUCAAUAUUCUGGAAUAGUUUUAUAUGAAGCUCUUCUGCCGAACAACAUCAAAACAGACCCAAUGAAAUUAACCGUUAGCAAGAUACAUGAUAGAGGCUACGUUUACAUCGAUUCUACUUUCGUUGGUGUUCUAUCAAGACAAAAUGCAAUUGAUGCUUUGCCCAUAAUUUUAGGACUGGGAAGGAAGCUUCAAAUCGUCGUUGAGAGCGAAGGACGUGUAAAUUUCGGCACACCGAACGAUUUUAAAGGCUUGAUUGGAGAUGUUUUCAUAAAUGAACAGAAGAUUCAAAACUGGACAAUGAUAGGAAUUCCCUUGGACAAUAUAGAAAAAAUACAGAACUUAUGCAACAAACACCGGUUAGAAAAACAUUUUUCGAAUAUUGCUAGUAACUUUGGUGCAAAACCUGGUAUUGUAAGGGGUCCUACGAUAUUCCACGGUACAUUUGACAUCGCAAAGGUAGAUAUUUUGGACACCUAUGUAAAUCCUAUUGGUUGGGGCAAGGGAGUUCUCUUCAUUAAUAAACACAAUUUGGGAAGAUAUUGGCCAGGAGUUGGUCCUCAACUGACAUUGUAUGUACCGAAGGCUAUUCUGAAGAAAACAGCGAACGAAAUUAUUCUUAUUGAAUACCAAACAGUGAAAAGUCCCUCCAUGACAAUUGAAUUUGAUAGCUCAGCUAAAUUCAAUUAGAUUCGUAAGACUGUAUAUUUGAGUUAGUAAAUUUUAAUGAUCACCUUA